GAGUUUACACCAGUUUUGGGGCCUUUGACCUCAAACAUGACCUCAUCGCAAUUUGCCGUCAUCCUGCUCCUGCUUCUGACUCUUGCUUGUGGCCUGAGGCAGGGCAGCGUGAUGAUCGAGACCCUGAAUUCAGAGCAGGCCAUGGACCCAAGCGAAGGCACCUUAGAUGAAGGAGGCGCAGAGCAGCAGGGUGGUUCUGCAGAAGGCCAGAUAUACUUGGUGUUUUGUGUUGAAGAUGCUAUGGAGGUAGUUUUGCCCUCAGGGUCUCUCUCUGAGAUGCAGGUCUUUGAUUCAUCAGGAAUGUAUCCCAUCUUCAGCCUUCCAGAGGCCUGUGACUACUCUCUAACCAGGGAAAACGGGAGGGUUGUUCUUCACGUCCACUUCGCUGGCUGUCCUGUCACUGUUGAGGAGGGCAGCUACACUCUGAGAUUCCUGUAUCGUAAAGGCGCUGGGCAGCUUCAGAUCGUCACGGUGUCCUGCAGUAACUCCAGUCACACGCCCUCUUCAAAAAAACCACGAUCUUCACGCCAUCCUGUUCUGUCCUCCCCUGCUGUCAAGAUAUCCUCUCCCCAAGCAGUGCAGCGGUACUUUCCGUAUACGCUGUCCCCUACCGCAGGGGAACCAGUGUCCGUUCCCCAACCUGAUCCUUCCCCAUUGGAUCUGCUGUUCUUUCAUGAAUUUGAUCCGUUGUUCCCUACACCAGGGGUUCCACUGCCGGCUUUCCAAUGGGAACAACCGUCUCCCACACCAACCAGUAUGCAUGUGCCGGCGGUGCCCUCAUCUCUUGGGCGUCGUUCAAAAUGCAAACAACGAGGGGAUCGACUCUCCUCUCCCCGAUUGGAGCCACUGUCCUCUCCUGAAUUUGGUCCACUGUUCCCUACACCAGGGGUUCCACCGCCCACUUCCCAAUGGGAACAACUGUCCCCUUCACCAGGGUUUCCAUUGCCCACUUCCCAAUGGGAACAACUGUCCCCUACACCAACCAGUAUGCAGGUGAUGGCCAUGCCCUCAUCUCUUGCGCUGCAUUCAAACUUCAAAAAAGGCUGCAGCUUUCCUAGUGGUCAGAGAUUGCCGUGUGGUCAUCCUGGGACUACAGCUGCCGAGUGUCUGAGGAAAGGAUGCUGCAGAGACGAGGCGACUUUCGCUUGUUACUACCCCAUGGAUGUAUGUUUGGCCGACGGGCAGUUCAUCUUUGUCGUUCCCUCCAACGUUGCUGGUUUGCCCAUAAACCCUGCACGUCUGAUGGUGGUGGGGAGGAGUAGCUGUAAACCAGUCAUUGCCAACAGAGACUUUGCCGUUUUCAAGUUUGGGGUGACUGAGUGUGGAACGCGUUCUUAUCAAAUUGGAGAAACAACAGUUUACUUGGCUGAAGUGCAGUCGCCAAUCAGGAAGCGUGUCCUGCAGUACGGCAUCAUAAUCAGGGAUAAUCCUGUCAGGCUUAUGGUUGAGUGUCGCUACUCAAAGGGCAGUUUGGACCUUGCGGACUCUCCGGUCCUUGCAGACCCUCUGGCGCCGCAGGCUUCUCAAAGCCGUUUGAUGAAGGGCUGGGCUAGUGCUGGAUACAUGGUGAAGAGUGCCAGCCUGCCAGCCUUGGUGAGGGCCAAGGGACUGUAUGGAGUCCAGCUUCGGAUUGCGCAGGAUGAGACCUUCACCAAAUUCUGCUCUGAGGAUCACCAGCCCCUGAAAGUUCUCCUGGGUAAACCUGUGUACCUGGAACUGCGAAUAAACGCUCCCAACCCUAAAGCCACUCUGGUGGUGCACUACUGCGUGGCCUACCCUCGCUCUGCUAAGAGUGCCUUGGUGCUGCUGUAUGAGGGUUGCCCCAACCCUUUUGAUUCCGACAUCUCGAUCCUCUACGUGGCCGGCCAAUCGCAGGAUCCCCACGUGCGGCGUUUUGAAGUGAAGGCCUUCCAGUUUAUGGACAAGUCCACCAAUAAAUACCUCAAUGAGGAGAUCUACUUCAUGUGCUCUACCGAGGUCUGUAUGCCAUCCCAGACUCCGUGUAAGGAGACCUGCUUUGAUGGCAAGUCUUCAUCUACCACAGCUGCAGAUGUGUUGAACUCAUAUUCUCAAUUAAAAGUCAAGCACUUUUAAAUUCAA